AUGCCUCCCAAGUCCGGCAAGAAGGUUGCGCCCGCCCCUUUCCCCCAGGGAAAGGCUGGUAAGAAGGCCGCCAAGGUCAGUCCCCUUUCCUCUAUAUCCCACCCUGAUCCCGGCGGAGGUAUGCUCACAUGUGAUCAGAACCCUCUCCUCGAGCGCCGCCCGCGCAACUUCGGCAUCGGCCAGGACAUCCAGCCCCGCCGCAAUGUCUCGCGCAUGGUGAAGUGGCCGGAGUAUGUCCGCCUCCAGCGCCAGAAGAAGAUCCUCAACAUGCGCCUCAAGGUGCCGCCUGCGAUUGCCCAGUUCUCCCACGUCCUGGACAAGAACACCGCUGCCCAGGCCUUCAAGCUCCUCAACAAGUACCGCCCUGAGACCAAGGCCGAGAAGAAGGAGCGUCUCCUCCAGGAGGCUACCGCCGUCAAGGAGGGCAAGAAGAAGGAGGACGUCAGCAAGAAGCCCUACACUGUCAAGUACGGUCUGAACCACGUCGUCGGCCUGAUUGAGAACAAGAAGGCCUCGCUCGUCCUGAUCCCCAACGAUGUCGACCCCAUCGAGCUCGUUGUCUUCCUGCCUUCGCUCUGCCGCAAGAUGGGCGUUCCCUAUGCCAUUGUCAAGGGCAAGGCCAGACUCGGCACCGUCGUCCACAAGAAGACUGCUGCCGUUCUUGCCAUCACCGAGGUCCGAUCUGAGGACAAGAGCGAGCUGUCCAAGCUCGUCUCCGCCGUUAAGGAGGGCUACCUGGAGAAGAGCGAGGAGUCCCGCCGACGAUGGGGUGGUGGUAUCAUGGGCGAGAAGGCCAACAAGCGCCAGGAGAAGAAGCGCAAGGCCGCGGAGUCGGCCCUCAAGGUCUAG